AGGCAGCGCAGACGUGGGCAGAGUGUGGGGGUAUAGGAAGAGGAGAGAGCGGGAGGGUAGGUAGUAGUGUGUGUGAGGCUGUCAGACAGCAUGGUCUGGGUCUGAGGACAGCACUGGAAGACAAAACAGCCGCCUACUGAACUCCAUGUAGACCAGAGUGGUGCCAUCCACAGAUCACCUGGACCUGUCCACUCAUCAGCACCCACCCAAGACAACACCUGCCUCUUCUAGAGAAGUAAGCGGAGUAGGACCAGGGAGGUGGGUCUGUUUAUAUUCUUUUUCUUUUAUUAUUUUCUCAGUUUUUUGGUUUUUGGAGUUGGCUCCUGGCUGGACCGCAUGCAUGACACAACGCAAAGGCGAGAAACCCACCAUCAGCAUCCAGGAGCACAUGGCCAUUGACGUGUGCCCUGGCCCCAUCCAGCCCAUCAAGCAGAUCUCUGACUACUUUCCCCGGUACCCACGGGGCCUUCCCCCUACUCUGCCCCACGUUGGGCCCCUCCGCUCUGCCCUCUCCACCUCCUCAGCUUCUGCCUCCACGACUGCUGCUGCUGAGAGUGACCGCCCCAAUGAGGAUAACCCAGACCGGGCUCUUGCCGGAGCCUCCGCCUCCUUACAGGCCACCAAAAAGGACGAGGAGCCUGAUGUGGAGGGAUACGACUCAGAUGACUCCACUACACUGGGAACCUUGGAAUUCAGUUUGCUGUAUGACCAGGAGAACAAUGCACUGCACUGCACCAUUAACAAAGCCAAGCUUCCUGUCCCCAGAUACAAAAAGGGGCUCAAGCCAAUGGACCACAAUGGGCUGUCAGAUCCCUACGUCAAGUUGCACCUACUGCCAGGCGCCAGCAAGGCCAAUAAACUCAGAACCAAGACCCUGCACAAUACACUCAACCCAGUCUGGAAUGAGACCCUGACCUACUACGGCAUCACUGAUGAGGAUAUGGUCCGCAAAACACUCAGGAUUUCAGUGUGUGAUGAGGACAAAUUCCGCCACAACGAGUUCAUCGGGGAAACGCGAAUCCCUCUCAAGAAGCUGAAGCCCAAUCAAACCAAGAAUUUCAACAACUGCCUGGAGAAACAGUUACCUGUCAAGACGGAAGACAAGUCUCUGGAGGAACGUGGACGAAUCAUGAUUUCUCUGAAGUACAACACCCAGAAAUCUUGCCUGGUAGUGGGCAUCAUACGCUGUGCUCACCUUGCCGCCAUGGAUGCCAACGGCUUCUCCGACCCCUACGUCAAAACGUAUCUGAAGCCAGACGAGAACAAAAAGUCAAAGCACAAGACUGCUGUGAAAAAGAAGACGCUCAAUCCUGAGUUCAAUGAGGAGUUCUGUUAUGACAUAAAAUAUGCAGACCUCACCAAAAAGACCUUGGAGGUGACCGUAUGGGACUACGACAUUGGAAAGUCGAAUGACUUCAUAGGUGGUGUAUCUCUGGGUAUCAAUGCAAAUGGAGAAAGGCUCAAGCACUGGUUUGACUGCCUCAAAAACAAGGACAAAAAAAUUGAACGCUGGCACACGUUGACCAAUGAAUUACCUGGUUCAUUAAAUGACUGAACACACACAAUCCUUCGUCCAACCUGUUCGCCGGCUGCACCAGGACUCCCGCAUCCUCCCCGUCCUCUCCACCCAGGUCGUCUUCUCUGGGUCGCCCUCGUGUUGCCCGCAUCGACCUGAGACGCCUCUCUUUGGGAAUACACAGUAUUUCCUCUCCACAGGGCUGAGUUUAAAACAUACACAUCUCAUGUUUGUGUUCAACAACACUUUCACACAUACAGAAAGGAGGUUGCACCGCUGCUCAUUUCAUGUUUUUAAGAGAAAUUCAAUCCACAAGAUGACUGACAGGGAUUGUAGUGUUGACUUUAAAGGAUUCUUGUAUGAACGGUGGAAGAUAAAAGAAGCAAAAUCUAUUUGAUGAGAUCUUUUACAGCAGUUAAAGAAUUUCCACUAAUCCAUAAAGCUGCACAGGAAAAACCUCAUGAUUUCAAUUUCAUGGCUAUGAGCAGUCUUAGGAUUUAAAGUAGUGGAUACACUAACAAAGGAUGUAGCAAAUAUUUCGUAUUACUAAUACAAGUUCUAGAUUUGGAGCAUGUAUUUUCCAUUUGGGAAGAUGAGAGCAAUGCCAUAGAGACUUCGUGUAGUUUAUGGAGAACAGUCUUUAAAGGUUGAGGUCUCAUUAUGCUUCAAACCAUGUCUGAACCAUAACUCUAACUAAAAAACUGCUGUUUUGUUUGUUUGAUAGAGUUAAUAGUGAAGCUUGUGUAAAGGCAAAAACUCCACAGAGAAAGAGAGCUGGGUUGUGGCAAGAGUUGCCUAAAGCUACUUUAUAUUGUAAGCCAAAUAAUCUACAAUAAUAAACAGCAACCUCUAACAAUUAGAAGGCCCCCAAUGUGCAAGUAGAGUGACACUAGCGAGAGUGGGAAGGAAGAACUCCCUUUAAACAGGAAGAAACCAGAGAUUAAUGAGUAAAUGCAAAGUGGUCUGCAAACACAUCGAGAGUGAGUCUUAAGUAGAAAGGAGUUACAAUGCCCUCCAAUACUCACUAACUUUAUUCUGUAAAGAUAGUUUCAGUUAUUUUAAACCAUAAGUUAAUAAAAUAAUUUUUGCUUUUUGCAGUUCUAAAGCAGAAAACCUUUUUUUUAAUUGUGGGUUUUACUUGUUAAGAAAGAUAUUGCAAACAAUAUCAACCUGCUGGCAUCAUAUUUAAUCCAUCUGUGGCCAGUUUAAAGAAUAUAGUUACAUUUGAUUUCAAUAUGUCUAAAUUACAACAAAAAAGUAUACUUUCACAGCCUCCACCAUCUAUUUGGAUUCAGCUGUAGACUGAUGUAUAGUAUGUGGGAGUCAGAUUUCAUCACAGCACCAGAUGGCGAGUCAUCCAUCCAUUUGUUUUUUCAUGCUUAUCCAACUACGAGUCAUAUUGGAGCUGCGCUGGGUACACCCUGGACCCUUCGUGUGAGUCCAUCAUAGGCCUAACGUGAAGAGACAGUCACACGCUCCCCAAUUAAUAUCAGCAACGAUGGAUAGCUGAAUGCGAGACUCCUGCCAUGCAGUUGUCAUUUGAGAGUGUAUCAUUCACUUUCACCGUGACAGAGAGCAAUGAUCAUAUGAAAGGUUCGGCUUUGGAAGAUGUGGGUGAGAAACUUGAGAAAGAUCCAGAUCCCAGUGUGGCACAUCAUGGGCUCGAUAUACAGUAACUGUGCCUAUCUCUGGUUACAACAAAGAAUCUAAGUAGUAUAACAGAAGAAAAGGCCCAAAGGUGGUGCAUCAGGUCUGAAUUGAGCUUUUUUCACAUUCAUAGGGUUUUGCACUGUAAAAUUCAGUUAAAACAGAGUUACCUUUACCUCCCAAAGAGUCUGAAGAAGAACAUUUAGCAGACACAGCCUCACCUCUAGUGUUUUUCUUCACACGCUAAUGUUUUUUAGCCACAACAACAGAAUCGUACUUCUUUCCAAAUUCACUAUAGUGAAAUUCAAGGCAAUGGUCGUCAUUUUGAGGGAGUGGAGCAUAUCAAAUACAGUGUCUACAAAAAGUCCUGGAAGCAGUGCAGGGAUUCAAAAGGAGACAAACUUAGAGGGCACAGAUGUGUUUAAACCAGGCAUGCACAAUGUGUCUCUGUAGCUUCUUAGUCAUCCAGGUCACGUUAGUGUAGAAAGCCUGAGAAAAGAGACAACUAGACUUCUUUAAAUUUGUGAAGAUGUUUGACUUCAAUAGGUCACAUGAUGGUCACAUGAUGGGUUGGGCCAAAGUAUGAUGGUACCGACCCUCUUGUGACUCGUGAUAAAUCACAUGACCUUUUGUUUUUAGAAUUGAAGAAGUCCAGUUACCUCUUUUUUUUUUUUUAAGCUCUUUAGACUUUUUAGCUACGGUGUUGAAGACACACGUGUAAACAACAAGGUUAAUAUGGCUGCUACAUAUAAUUAUAUAAAGAUGGGAUCGUUGUUUGAAGCAUGUUGAGGCCUUGAUAGGCAGUAUCACAACUGGAGCAACCACCCUAACCCGUCCCUGAAAUCUAAGGCACUCUGGGUUAA